AGCGAUCUGCUCAGAGUCAAUGACAUCAACGCCGCAUCCUCGGGCGGUCAACAGGGGCCUCAUCGUGCUAGCGCUGGGCCUAGCGCUGCGGAGCCUCUGCUUUGCACCUCCCCUGUGGAAGCCGCGGGCGUCAAGGACAAUUCGCCAAGCGGAACUGGGCCUGGAUGGCAGGGAGCAGAAGAGUCAGUACAAGAUCAACGAGGAGAUCCGCGCCACGGAAGUGAGGGUCACAGGCAUCGCCGACGUGGAGGGGCUGGAGCAACGCCGGGCGGCCGAGAAGAUGGAGCAGAAGGACCAGAAGAAGAAGCAGAAGGGACCCCAGGAGAAGAAGAAGAAGUCGGGGGCCGUCAUGGAGGACAUGAACGAGAUCAUGCUCUUGGACCAAGCCAUGGAGAUCGCGCGGAACAAGGGCCUCGACGUCAUCCUGAUUAGCGAGGAUCAGGAUCCUCCUUUGGUGAAGAUCGCCAGCGUUGGCAAGUACACGUACACGGAGAACAAGAAGAAGAAGAAAGCCUCCACGGCCAAGCCGCCACGGAUGAAGGAGGUUAAGAUGAGCUACACGAUCGAAGAUCACGACCUCAACACGAGGUUGGCCCUCGUCAAGAAGUGGGUGGAGAACAACCCACGGCAGCAGGUGAAGGUCCAGGUGGUUCUGAAAGGCCGCACCAGGAUGUUUGAGAACCAAGCCAGGCAACUGCUGCUGCGGAUCCAAAGGGACGUGGCGGCCUACGCCAAAGUGCCCGGGAUCGAGAAGGGCAAUCCUGCCAUCACGAAGGACGGGCGAGGUGAUCUGAUCAUGCUUCUGAACGGCGGUGCAGACAGAUCAAUUCUGAAGCAAUUGAUCGAGGAGGCUGGAGGCAAGAAGGCCCUGCAAAAGCAACUGGCGGAAGCGGAGGUGGACAAAGAUGAGGAGGAAGAGGAUGUGGAGGAGGAGGAUCAGGACGAAGAGGUUCUGAAGCUCGAGGCAGAAAUUGAGGAGCUGAAAGAGGAGCUGAUUGAGUGCGGCAUCUCGCCGCGGAAGGUGGACUCGGAGCCGGAGAUGAAGGAGUUGAAGCAGAAGCUGGCGAAAGCGGAGGCCAAAGCCGCCAAAGUGGGAGCCUGAGGCUCACUCGCUCCGGCCGUUCGAAAGGUGAGAGACCGCAGCAGUGAGAAGAUGUCUGACUUCUUCUGGAAAGCGCAAACAGCAUAUGCCCUCACUUUGGGAAGCGCGUCUUGUUUGGCAAUCAUGUGUG